AAAACACCUGACAGGGACGCAUCCUCUUCAUUCGGUCCCUAUUAUCUGACCAGACACUGCUGUAGUUGCAGCUCGGGAAGAGAUAUGUGACCCAUUCCUGUGUAAGUCAUUUGACAUUGGAUCUAAGGAGGCAGCAGAUUGGGUUGGUUUUUUGAAAUGAAUGCAGGCCAGUCCACAUGUGUUGUUGAAUUUGGUAAGGGGAAGUCCUGUUCCAGGGCUGAAUUUUCCUCAUUACUGAACACCUACAACUGCUUUCUUAAUGACAAAACACACCUACAGCUUAAUAUCUGUGAGAAUGCAGGUCAGGUGACAUUUGAAGGCAUCCUGGUCAUUUCCUGGGGAGUAAAGAAACCAAUUCGGCUAAAAAUACAAGAUGAGAAACAGAUUUUUCCAAAUGAGUCUCCAGUCAAGUCACCAGAUCCCAUCAGUCCACUUGGAAGCAAGAGGGGUAUGACACGCUGGGGAGAAUUUGAUGAUCUUCAUCAUAUUGAUGAACUGGAAGAAGUUAUUCAGAAUGGAUCCAAGGAACCUGAUAAUCCCACUGAAGACUACAUUGAAUAUGAGAGCAAGACUUUAAGACUUCCUCGGCCAAAGUCAAUCAGUGACGAAAGUUCAAAUCUGUUCCGAACCAUGAGUGAUGCCUCGCUGGUGAAGAUGAGGGUGAAGAGCAAGAAGACAGUAGAACGACAGAAGAACAGAGACCAUCGCUUCUCCAUCAAUGGACACUUCUACAACUAUAUGACAUCCAUUUUCACACCAUCAUAUGGAGCAACCACAAAUGUCCACAUCAACAGCAAGAUGACAACACACGAAGUCAUUACACAGCUGCUUCACAAAUUUAAAAUAGAAAACAGUCCAAAUGAAUUUGCCCUCUACUGUAUUCAUCAAAGCAGAGAGAAAAAAAGGCUGAAUAGUUCAGAUCUGCCAUUGUGGGAGCGUCUUCUUCAGGGACCAUCAAACAGAAUUAUGAAAAUGUUCCUCAUGGAAGCAGAUGAACAGGAAAUUAGUCUUGAUGUGGCUCAAUACCUCAGUUUAGAGCUGCCCAUUUUGAGGAUAAUUCUGCAGAAGCUGGAAGAGCAAGAGAACCAAGAACUACAAAGAAUAAUAUCAAACUGUCUUAAAGACACAUCCACCUGCUGGUCAUGCCAGUCAGAAGAUGGAGACACAACCCAUGUUUUUUGGUGGUGUGUUAAGGAACAUUGACUGUUUUAUAUACAGUAUGCAAUGCUGUAUUACAAUGGUUUUCCUGGUUUUAUGUGUGAAAGCUUAAGGACUGGAUUGUUGAAUGUUACACAGUUGUAGCUUUUCAUAUUCAUGCAUGUGGGCAACAGACACCAGGCCAUUUACACCAGGUACUAAUUUGCAUCUCGGGUGAUCCAAUCACAUAAUGUCAGACAAAACACAUUGCUGUUUACAUACUCCCCUGCAGUGCUCCGGCGAACAUCACACCACCUCGCCGUUUGACACUUCACUGGUGAACGGGCCUUAGCAUCCUGA